AUGGCUUCUCACCGUCGUUCAAAUUCUCAAACAAAUUCAAAGAGACCAUCUGAUGGCGACAAUGGUCAGGCAUCAAAACAACACAAACCUCAAGAUGACCUGAGUGAAAAUCUUCUUACUGAAAUGCGGACUAGAACUCGUCAUAUUCCGACAUUAAAACAAGCAGAAAAUGAUGACCGUAGUCAGACAAAGGAGCUCGAGAAAUUACAGAGGGAGUUGAAGAAAAUACAGAAAGAAAACCAGACGUACAAACAAAACCUCAAUGAGGCCCGCGAAAGGGAAAAAGCUCUCGAACACCGCCGGAGCAACUAUGAGGAUGAUUGCUAUGAACAACAUGGCCGCUCAGCACCCGAAAGUGAAGACGAAGAUGACCUUGGAACUGGUAAUGAGCUAGACUUCAGAUACACUGGAGCUGGUUCCGGUCUUGGCUCUCCAAAGACCUUAUUUCCGAGUUCGGUCCGUACGGUCAAUGUUGUUCUCCAAUCACCUCCGGCUAUCCCUCGCAAGUCUGUCCUCAAGGCCCCAGUCUCUAUUCAUCCUGAUCAACCUUCAUGGCCACCCCUUACACCUCCUAACGCUCAACAAGAGCCUUUGGUAGUACACACUCCUUCCACUAUAGGCUGUAUACAACCUCCAAUGCUUAUGCCAAAGCCACUUUCCCCAUGUCAUGCUCAGCCACCGGUUGAUCCCAUCGAACCACCGCGGCUUGAGGGAGAGAGUGACAUUGAGCUUCGCAAACUUGCUUGA